CAUAAACGACAUAAACGGCGAACGUUUAUCUGAAAUGAUGCCAAUUAAACAAGAAUUGCGGUCUGGAAACUCAUCAUUUUUUGAAAAUACAGGUGUUGAGGAAUGUAAACAUCUUUGUAGUUUAAAUAGAAGUUGUAGCGUUGCCAGUAUCAGUAAAGAGAAACUCUGUAAUCACUACAUGGGUAGUGAACUUGGAAUAUGGAAAACUUUUCAGAUUGUCAAAGGUAGCCAGUGGUUUGCAAAACUAAAAACAAAUGAAUAUAUGGUUCCGUUUCCGACCUUUCAUCGAGGGUUUUAUAACACGUUUUUUGGAAACGUACAGUACUUAAAUGGAGACUCCAUUUUGACGUCACCAAGUUACCCUCUAAGGACGAAGUUGGACUAUGAAAUUAUAUGGGUUGUGGGUUUUGAGCUCGGGCGAUUCGCCAAACUUGUUUUCACAAAUAUAUCACUACCUAAGGAUUGCAACGUGACAGUAUCGGAAAACAUCAACAGAUUUUCUGGAUUUGACAUUGACGAGAGUUUUAACAAUGAAGUUUUCGUAUUAGAAACAAACAAAAGUCUGGUGUCGUUAACGGCAAGCUGCCUUCAAAUAUGGUUAACGAUGAAAUUCCGAGCGAUUGUUACUGCUGAAGAAACUCCAGCCUGCCUUAAUCUUAAUUACGUUGGUAUGAAAAGAGAUAGAAUCGAAGAGUGUCAUGAAUCAAGCAUGAUUCUUUCUUCUCGUUCUUACUUGAAUAUUGACCAUUAUGACUCCGCUGAGGUUUUCAAAAUAUACGCCAAAGAUCACCAAAGCAUUGAUAUUAUCUUCAUUGAUUUUUACAUGCUGUGUUAUACCAAUACACGGAAUUUAUGGUAA